AGUUGCGCUGGAGGAGAGUCUCCUCACACUUUGCGGAGCUUUUGCUCUCGUCUCACCUCAGCCGGCAGAGAGGAUGCGCGCAUCCGUGACUGGUCUUCCUCCGCGGCGGUUUGUCCUGCGCGCCCCCGUCUGAACAAGGUUCCUUUGGUCGGAUGUUUCCCCUCGGAGCGUCUUUUGGGAGAGGAUGCGUCUUCUCGUUUUGGCGACUUUAUGUGGAGUCCUUCUCGGCGCAGGAGAUGCCCUUCAGAUCCAGUGCUACCAGUGUGAGGAGAUGAAGCACAACGACUGCUCCACGCCGGAGUACAUCGUUAACUGCACCGUCAACGUACAGGACAUGUGCCAGAAGGAGGUGCUGGUCAAGCCCGAUGGAAUACAUUAUCGGAAGUCCUGUGCCUCCUCUGGAGCGUGCCUCAUCGCCUCCUCCGGCUACCAGCAGUUCUGCACCGGCAGGCUGAACUCCGUCUGCAUCUCCUGCUGCAACACCCCGCUCUGCAACGGGCCCCGGAGGAAGCGUCCCGCCCCCUCGGCGGCGUCCAACAGGCCGCCUCCCCUCCUCCUGACCUUCUCCCUGCCACUGCUGAUGCUCCUGUCCGUGACGUAGACCGAGGAUGGCGUCUCCACCGUGCAGUUUGUUUUUUCUUUAGUCCAAAAGCUGUAGAAAAGAAACGUCACUUAGUCAAAAAGACAGAAUCUUGCCAUGCCAUCCUGUAAGAUUAAAGAGUUUUCGCAGCAGGAGAGGAAGUCAAAUGAAAUCCGGUCGUUCUGGCAACUUCAGCUCAACAGGAGAAACGUGUUUGCUCUUGUGGCUGUAUUUGAACCUCUUUUGGUGACCCUUACACUAAACAAUGCAUCGGUCCAGCCCACAAUUAAAGGACUGGUUUGACAUUUGGGAAAAGCCCCUUAAUCCCUUCCUGGUGGAGAGUUUGAUGAGAAGAUCAAAAUGACGUCUGUUGGUUAAAUGUAUGAGGCUCCAGUCAGUGACUGGUUUGCUUAGCUUAGCACAAAGACUGGUAACGGGGGGAAACAGCUAGCCUGGCUCCGUCAGAAGGCAAUGAAAUCACUAAUUGACUCUAUAUAACGUUAUAAACUGAAAACUUUUUUUAGGGGCGGUUGAGUGCCGGGCUAUUUCUUGGCUGGGUGCAGUUGCCUGGUAACGAGUAGAGGCCCCCUGACAGUUACUGGUCCUGGCUAAAUCUUUAUUUUAUUUUUAACAAACCUAAAUGGAGAAUUAUCAUUUUUAAACGUGACUUUUUGUAUGGAUUAAACAACGGUUGUAAUAUGUUGACUUCCUCCUCAGACAGAACAAGGCUGUUUCUGUCUUUGUGCUAAUAUGCUAAGCUAACAGGCCUUGUUUUUUUUAAAGGACAGAUGUGGGAAUAAACACAUAUCCCCAAAAUGUACCAAAUCUACAGCGUGCUCUGAUCUUUUCAUGCACAUUGCCAUUAACAUAGAUUAUUGGAUCCUUGCCGUCAAACACGCUGAAGCAGCGGAUUUGGACGCCGCACUGGCUUUGCGUAACCACCGACAACGAGACCGCAAAACCGGGGAGGAGGAAGUGUACGGAGGCAUCUCUCGAGUGGAGCGUCUUGUGAGGAACCUGCUCUGGUUGUUAUGGUUCUGCUAGAAGUUAUAGUAGAAAAUGAUAUCUCUAGGCUUUUACUUUUGUGGGCUUUUGUUGGUUUUCUAUCUUGUUAAUGCUGUUAAUAUUAGUUUUCAUGUGGUGUGAUGAAGAAGGCCCUUUAAUUCAGGCAAUGAAGAAUUUGAAGGGUUCUGAGGUCUCGCUAUCAGCAUAUUAAUAAUCACAUAUGUGCAUAUUUUCCACCGCCGUACGGUAUUGAUUGACAUUUUACUUCUUGGAAUAUGAAAGAUGCUGAGAUGGAUUUGGAAAGACUAUUUGUCUUAUUGCUUUUUAAUCCACCCUCAAAAGUUGAUUCUGUCGCGCAGGAAGCUGGUUAGAUGUAUUUAUUAGACUUUAAUUUUUCCAUAUAUUACUUUGUGCAAGGAGAUAUUGAAGAUAUUGCCGUAGAGCUAAACUUGGAGACACCGAGCAUUAAGCACAAAUACAUUCUCACAAGAGAAAUGCUUCAGGCUGAUGUAAUAUUUAUAUUUAGAACUAAAAAUAAUUAAACAUAUAUUCAAAUGAUAGUCAGUACUGCAUGUAGAUAAUGCUGUUGUCCAAAUAAGGUAUUUUAUAAUCUGCACCAAUGAGAAUAGAUUAACUGUAUGGAUCAUAUUUCCACGUCAAUAUGGUGAGUUAAGUGAAUAAUUUUUCUUUUAGGUUUAAAUCUUAAUCCAAAUUAUUAAUUUGCCUCAUGAGGUUUGAUUUGGCUGCAAAAUACUGUAUAUUUAUAUGUAGACAACAGCAAUGCAGACGUUCUUCUGUGUUUUAAUAUCACAUGUGAGGAUUUGAACAGUCUAAAGCCGUCAAAGAAUGUUGUAUAUUGAUAAAUAUCACAAGACUUAUUUCAGAGCCUCGUUCGAUUGAAAUAAAAAUACGAUUUCCAGAGAGCGGCGCACCAUCCGAUAAAUGUUCAUGGCAGUUUGUCUGACUGGUCUUCUGUGAAGAGUAACACUGUAUUCUGAUGACAUGUGAUGUAAAUAAAUGUUGCAGAAAAACUGAC